AUGCUGAGCCUGGACGACACGUGGAUGCCCCCGCCUAUCACCAACAACACCAACGAGUUCAAGUUCGUGAACUGCGUCGAGCCGGGAUGUGCUAGUACGUCGGCAUUCUCGGAGUACGGGGCAAUGACCCUCAGGGCCGGGUACAACACCUGCACCAUGCACACCACGCAGGACACCAUCAAGUCCAGGGUCGAGAACAUAGUCGUGUCCCCCAACACCACGUUCAUCUUCUACGCCCUCGAGGUGACAAACACCAACGAGAUCGACCAGCUUUCGGCCAUCACCAGCACGGGGGACCACAUCGACCUGGUCGUGAAGACCACUACGAGGAAGAACAACAGCCCCAUCAUCGGGAAGUUCCCGCCCUUGGUCUACAUGAUCAUGGCAACCGAGCCCGCCACGGCCAUGAGGGCCUUCAUCGAGUGGGUGCGCAACAUACACAGGAGAAGCUCCAGGGGCAACGGAACCGAGUCGGACGUCGUGCUGGUGGCCCACAACGGCAUGAACCACGACCACGUGCUACUCUUGAAGACGAUGCUGGUUUGGGGCAUCAACCCUCCCAAGUGGAAGUUCGCGGACUCGUUGCCGAUCUUCAAGCUGGUGACGGCCCCGGGGGAGACCGCCAGCCUGGACGUGUUGGCCAACGAGUACGCGCCCUGGUUCCAGCACAUCCACCACGAUGGUCUCAGCGACGCCACCGCCAUCAUGCACGUGGUCACGAAGAGUGUUCCCAACUGGCAGAUGGCCUGCUUGGCGUUCAGCACGCCCUGUGACGACUACACCACAUCGGUGGGCCUCAACACCCUCAGGGCCAGGUCGCCGCUGCCGUUCCCGGACUGA